GACAUGAAAUCUAAAAAAAACCUUAAUACCACAAAACCCUUGGGAUCAAUGAUGAAUCCUCUCAUUUCCUGAAACCUCCAUAGAAAUCCCUCAUUAUCUUCUCUGUCUAAAUUCUCCACGGCGUGUUUGCAUAUACUAUGCGUAUGCUGGCAUACGCUUCCGUACAUGUUUCGGACGCCAUGCCCUUUCAUCAUACACAAUCACUUAACUGUUCCUAUUCUCUUCUCUUCUUACUUGUGAUUUUUCCAUUAUAAAUUUGUUAGGAACUGGUUGUUUGAUCUAUCCUUUUAACACUCUAGAAGCUGAAAUUGAGUUGAUGGAGAGACUCUACAGGAAUUCCGAUAAUUGGUUGGACGAACUUCACAAGCGAGAGACGGCUUUAUUCCCGCCCAGGAUUUGCUCUCGCCGCCUUUCGGCUUCGCAGGUUCGCCCUCGCUCGAUUAUAUCUAAAUGUGUGCCUAGAUCAGUUCUGUAAUCUCCGUGUACAUGUUUGUGUUGAUGAGUAAAAUUGAUGGUGGAUUGAAAGUAAUAUUGAGAUGAAUGAAUUAUACUAACUUUUUAGUCUUCUGGUGCUUGAUCAUGUUGUGAUGUGUUGAUGAGACUGAUCCAGAGAAUAUGCUUGAAUGCUUUUGGUGUUGGUUUCGAAGAAGGAAGAUUUUGUUAUAUGACUGUGUCGAUGGUAGUUGGCUUGGGUAUUCAGAGCUUGAUUUGUAACUCUUAUCGGUAUUGAAGUUCCUUGCCGACUUCUGCAACUCAGAAGCUGCACAUUUGUGUUGUAAAGUAUUGUUCUCUUCAAUUAUUGAAAGCUGAGUGAGCUACACCAGGACGGCCUUAGUAUUCGCCGUAGGCUUGUUAUAUCCUACUUAAGUCCCGUAUAACUGAAGUAUGAGAUUUAGUUUGAGUUUAUGGCCUCUUGGGCACCCUUUGCGUACAAGCUAGGUUUCGGGAUGAGUUCUGCCCAAUGGCGGUAGCAAACAAUCUUGCAUUUAAUUUUGUCGAUGUCUGGUGGUGUUCUUUCAUUUUCAUAGUGUAAGACUUUGGUAAACUCAAAUCAAAGAGAAGAUUGAAAAGGGAAACAUAUAUUCAAUUUUUAUUUGUGAAAAUUAAAAGUGGAAAGUGAAGAUAAGAUAGAUGUAAAGUCCCAUUUCUGCUACAUCAGACGCCAAAUAAAAUGAGUGGCCUACUUUCAUCCAAGGAGUAGCAGCCAACAUAUUACCAUUUCUCAAUUUGCGAACAAUACAUGUCCGCCAUUUUUGCUAUUUCCCAAGGGAAACCUUACCCUGAAUAUAACAGGGGAAGAUUCAAAAUCUGGUGGGAUCUGCCUAUCUGAUCUUCGUAGCCUUGAACUGGAGACAUCCUACAAUUAAAUAGAGCCUUAUUUAGCAAAGAACAUUGUGAUAAUCAAACAUCCAUAAAUUGCCAUGAUGUGAUGAAUGGCGAUUAGCAUGUGGAAAUCAUCUAACUAAUGUAUUCAGGGGGUUUAAAAUUCUGCUGUUGGAAAUGACACUACUUGCUUUUUCUAUCAUGAAGGAUCGCUGCAGGAAUUAUAUAUCAGCCCUGAUGACCAGAUUAGAAUGGCACCUUUUGAACAUGCUAUUCGGUUUGGACCAUUUCUUGAUUUAUGCGUGUCAUCCUUGCGCAGGGGUCAUUAAAUCUUCUCUGUAUCGUUCCAAAUUUAUCUGAUGUCCCCAAGGGACAUGCUAUUGGUUUUUCUUCAGAUGAUGACCAGAUACGCUCAGACAAAUUAUCUCACCAAAAUAAAGCUUUGUUCCAGACCUCAGUUAGUAUGGUGUGGAAACAGUUAAGCUACAAGAAAUUAAAUUUAAUCAGAUUACGGAUCUCCAAUUAAGCUACAGUCAGUUUCCUUUUUUCUAAAGGCUACCAUUAUAGGCUAACUAUCAAAACAGAAAGAGCAAUCUAAAACAGUUCUUCAGCAAUGUAUGUUCUAUAUGUGGCAUCUUUAUUUGCAAAUAUAUUUGCUCAAAGCCUUUCUGGUUCUUGCGCAUUUCCAUUCUAAUAUUGUGGUAUUUAUAAUUUAUUGCACAAUUUUUGUUGUUGAUAUUUAAUGGUAUGACAUAAAAGCAUAUUCUAUCAAUUUGGGCUCCGUAGUUGAAAUUUUCAUUUCAAUCGUCAUCGUUAAUUAAUGCAACAUCGGAAGCUACUGUCUAAUCUGUGCUGUCAUUCUCAACUUGUUUGGUAUAACCAACUGUUAGCUAUGUUUACAGUUACUACGAAUUUUUUAUGCAUGAAUUUACCUUGUAAAUAAUUCAUACUACCUCUGGCCCUUAAAAAUAGAAACUAUUUCCAUUUGGGGCCGUCCCUUAAAAUUAGAAACUGUUGAAUCUUUCUAUUUUAGGAUGUGGACCCCAUAAUCCACUAACACUACUUCCUCUACUUUUUCUCUUCUUCUCUCUUACUUUACCCAUUUUUCUUUUCCUCUCUCUUACUUUACCAAUUGUGCAUUAAAACUCGUGCCAUUUCAAAAGUUAUUAUUUUUUUAGGACAGAGGUAGUAACAAGGAAUGAUGAUUUGAUUUGAAUUCGGGCAUGAAUCUUCAUUGAACUCUUACAGUGUAAGCCACCUAUGUGUAGGUGUAGGGAUAACGAAUCUGUAGUCUUUUUUGAGUUUUUGGAUAAGACCAUUGUUUAUAGGUGGACUGAUAGAAAUACAGAAUAUGGUAGAGAGAAAUGUUAUGCAGCAGAGAGAGGGGAUGUAGAGAAGAAAUAAAAGAGAGGAACUGAGGUGGUUGCUGCUAAUAGGAAAAUAGGCAAGAGAAGCUCCCAACGCGAAUUAGGAUUUAGUGCUUUAUUACAUGGAUCUUUAUGACUUAUUAUUGCCUUCCAUCUACUAGAUAAUAAUAUAUUUUGUUUUGUGUUCUGUUUGGAUAAUGGUUCAAUGUAUCCAACCAGGUGUAACCACUAAAGGCUCUGGUUCAGCGUCUUAGUUUGUAUGGGAAACUGAAUGGCCAUCAGGGAUGUGUGAAUGCAAUUUCGUUCAACUCUACCGGCGAGCUGCUUGCAUCAGGUUCUGAUGACCGGCAAAUUAUGCUCUGGGAUUGGGCAGCACAGAAACUUAAAUUGUCAUAUCAAUCCGGACACACGGACAAUGUUUUUCAGGCAAAGUUUAUGCCGUUUACUGAUGAUAGCAAAAUAAUAUCAUCCUCUGCUGAUUGCCAGGUCAGGCUUAGCCUGAGACAGGAAAAUGGCUCAGUAGAAACUAAGAGAUUGUCUAAGCACCAAGGACGUGUUCACAGCUUGGCUAUUGAGCCAGGCAGUCCAUACAUAUUUUAUAGCUGUGGGGAGGAUGGUUUUAUCCAACACUAUGAUCUACGAAGUCACUCCGCUACCAAGCUUUUCUAUUGCUCUUCAUUCGCAGAAAACAGCCGGUCUUCAAGUGUUGGGCUGAAUGUCAUGGUUAUUGACCCAAGAAAUCCUAACUAUUUUUCUGUAGGAGGUGGUGAUGUUUACGCACGUUUGUAUGACAUCAGAAAAUACCAAGUGAGUGCAUCAACUAAAGAAGGAAACCCUGCCAACUAUUUCUGCCCUCGUCACCUUAUUGGGAAAGACGAUGUUCGCAUUACAGCAUUAGCUUACUCCAACACCAGUGAACUGCUUGUCUCAUAUAAUGAUGAGCUCAUAUAUCUGUUUCAAAGGAACAUGGGUUUGGGUCCGAAAUUCGUACCUCCAACGUCAGAAGACUCACCUAGCUCGCCAGAAGCACAGGUUUAUUCGGGGCACAGGAACUUCCGAACAGUCAAGGGAGUCAACUUCUUCGGUUCAAAUGAUGAAUAUGUCAUAAGUGGGUCUGAUUGCGGCCAUAUAUUUAUUUGGAAGAAGAAGAGCUGUGAAGUAGUUCAUAUGAUGGUUGGCGACAGGCACGUUGUGAACCAACUGGAAUCCCAUCCACUGAUCCCAAUUCUUGCUACCUGUGGUAUAGAGAAGAAUGUAAAGCUUUGGUCCCCCUCUUCAGAUGACAUCACCCCUCUGCCUAACAAUGUUCAAGAGAUAAUGGAAGGUAACAGGCAAGGCCGGGAGGACCAUUCCAGGGUGUCCUUCAGCCCUGAUGUCAUCAUGCAUGUUCUGCGACUCCACCGGAGGCAAGCACAUGUGUAUGUCGAGAGAAGAUACAAUAGAGAAGAUUCGGGAAGCGAUGGGAAUGAUGAAGAUGAUGAGCGGGAGGGCUACCUCUUAGGAUUCUCAGACGGUGAUCCUGCAGAAGAUGGUGAGAACGCCAGAGAAUGUAACAUUAGCUAGACUUUUCUGCUGCACUCAUCAUGUUCCUACUUGAAGUUGAAAUAUGCCCUUGUUAUGUUACAAAAUAGGAAUGCGUGGGUUUUGAAUAAUUUGAAUAGUGGAGUAUUAUACUACUAUAUAUAUAGAUGCCUAUCAAAGUUA